AUGCCCGAGUCUCCAAAUCGUGUUGCGUCGCCACCUCCACCUCCCCCCCCAGGGCCCCUGAAACCACCUCUCCACACGCUGAUAUCCUCGCACGACUUCGCCGCCGCCGCAUCCGCGUUCCCCGCCAAAACCUAUGCAUUUAUCUCGUCGGCGGCAACCGACUGCCUCACUCACCGCGCCAACACGACCGCCUACGCCGCGAUCGGGCUGCGGCCCCGCGUGCUGCGCGAUGUCUCAGGUCCCGUCGACCUCGGCACGUCGAUGCUCGGCAGGCACGUCCGCUCGCCCAUCUUCUGCUCGCCGACCUCGUUGGGCACCCUUGUGCACCCGGACGGCGAGUGCGCGCUCGGCCGCGCCUGCCAGGCGCUCGGCAUCGCGCAGGUCGUCAGCACCAGCGCGAGCUUCCCGCUGGGCGACAUCGUCGACGCCAUCCGCAGCAGCAGCACCCCGGCACCGGCGGCGGGCUCAGACAGUGGUGGAGACAUGAUCCCCAUCUUCUUCCAGCUCUACGUCGACAAGGACCGGGCGAAGUCGGAGCGCCUGCUCGCAGCCGCCGCGGCACUCGGCUGUGUUGGGGGCGUGUUCCUGACGGUGGACGCGCCGGUCAUGGGCAAGCGCGAGGCGGACGAGCGCGUGCGCGCCGACGAGAGCGUGCGGGCGCCGAUGGCGGGCACGCGGGCCGGCAACGACGGCGGCGGCGGCGGGCUGGGCCGCAUCAUGGGACAGUACGUCGACGCGAGCGUGGCGUGGGCGGACUUGGCCUGGCUGCGGCGCUGUCUGCCGCCCGGCACGCCGGUCGCGCUCAAGGGCGUGCAGACGGCGGCGGACGCGGUGCGCGCCGUCGAUGCCGGCGUCGACGCCAUCUUCGUGUCUAACCACGGCGGCCGCAGCCUCGACACGGCGCCCGCGACCAUUUUAGUUCUGCUCGAGCUGCAGCGCUGCUGCCCGCACGUCUUCGACCGCGUGCAGGUCUUUGUCGACGGCGGCGUCGCGCGCGGCACCGACGUGUUCAAGGCCCUGUGCCUCGGCGCGACGGCUGUGGGUGUCGGCAGGGGCGUCCUGUAUGGCCUGAACUACGGCGAGGAGGGUGUCCGGCGGUACAUUGAGAUACUCAAUGAGGAGCUCGAAACCACGAUGCGCCUGUGCGGCGUCACCAGCCUCGAUGAGCUACACCCGGGCCUCCUAAACACGCGUGCCGUCGACCACCUCGUCCCCGAGUCGGCGGCCGACGACCACCCCUACGCCAAGUGGCGGAGGAAGCCGCAGGGGAGCAAACUCUGA